UUUGGAUCACCUGUAGAGAGACGUCGACGAUUCGAAUAGACCGCGCGACACGAGGUGGCCGGCGGAUAUCGAAUGUACUCUCGAAAUAUCGAUUCUCGACCUAACCUCACUUCAGUCUCCGCUAGGUGCGCACGGUGUUAGUGUCGCUCCGUAGUGGUAGAAGAAGUGAAGUGACUGAGAGCAGGACAGAGCGACGGACAGGUGUUUUACGUUUAGUCAUAAGUUUUCUUCGGAAAGUUCGCGGAUCCCGUGAAACAGUAAAGAUCAUUUAAAUACCUUUAUAUAGAUCGGUUCCAUAAGAGUCGAUUGUUUAAUUGGGAAGCGCGCACGCGCCGCUUUCCCCUCGCUCUCGCACUAUACUCCGUGCAUAACCGCCGCCAUAGUUGAUAUUUCUCCGAUAGAAUAUUAAUAGCGGCGUAAGUUUUCGCGGUUAAAACGUAUUUUUAUUUACUGACUGGGAAACGAGAAUGCGUUCGGCGAGGGCGGUGAGACGAGGCCGUUCAAGAUAAAGCCUGUGGAGCCGUAGGAAGAAGGAGGGUGUCUACUUUCACAGCUCGUGGUUUUCAGGAGAGUACAGAGUAGUGGCCUGAGCAUCGCGGCGCUUCGAGUUAACGUGUGACCACCGUGUCGGGUGGCUAUGUACCGUUAGCUCGAAUUCAUUCCCCGUUGGCCGGCCCGAGACCCACGCUUACCUACCGACCGGAGCCAUACUCAAUCGAACUCGGCUGUCGUAAACCCGGAAAUGAGUGCGCGUUGCGGCUCGCCGUUACCACAGAGAGAUCGCCAGUAGUGCGCGAAUUUAUCGCGAGUCACGACCCGUUGAUCGACAAAGGCACGUUUCGUUCGGUCGUACGUCUCGCGUGACGUAUGCGCCGUAGGUCUCGUCGUGGCCAGCCGCAGGAGAGCCGUGGCACGGCAAACGUGUACGACGCAACGUAGAAAUGAGAAAGUUGCUGCCGCCGCGUUGAACAUCGAGAACGACGCAGGCGAGCCAGCCAGGCGGACAGUCUCCGUACUACGCGAAGCUUCCGACGCAGCGACAGUAGUAGCAGUACGUCGAAAGGAGUGCACAAGAGAACCACAGCUAUACUCGUGAUUUGAUCCUCGUGAAAGAUGAAUUUCACACCUUUUCCCGGCUUUACAACAGGCUCGUUGCCGACGGGCACGGUUCACCAGUUUGCUAAAUUCCCGCAAAACCUGCCUGCCGGUGGCCAGGUAGUCGGCGUUCUGUCCGGGGGCGAAGGCGGGGUACAUUAUCUGAGGCCAGUCGAUCCCAACGGAUUCGCCGUGGCUCAGGGUGGUAACAACCAGCAGCAGCAGAUCAUCACGCUGCCUAUCACCGUACCUGGGAAAGAUGGGACGCAGCAACAGCAAACCGUCCAGAUCCAGGUGGUCAACCCCAGCGUCUCGCAGAGCGGGAACAGCGGCGAUCAACCAAAGUAUCACUUAGCUCCGAUCUCUUUGGGACAGUUCUCCCAGGGCGCAGCCACGGUUCUCACAGUUGCGUACAGUCAACAGGGUGCCGAUGGUGUGCAAAUCCAAGUACAACCACAAAACACUGUGGCUACUACGCAAACAUCCGAUCAAACCACCCAAAGUACAUCGACGGCGGUCACGACCACAUCGCAGCAGACCAUUCAGCAAACGGUGCAGCUUUCAGGGGCACCGGAAGGAUUGACCGUCGUCGCACAGAUUCCGCAGGAUUUGAUUUUACGCGAAGGUAUGGAAGAAUCGAAAGAAGAUGUGAAAGAAGGUACGACACCAGUCGCGCUUAUCAAAAGGGGUACUAUUAAAACUCAAGGGAAUCAAAGCGGGGAGGAGUACAUCACGUCGCUACCCGCGAGCUGGCAGAGUCUCGCAACGCCUGGGUCAACCGUCGCCGAUUAUCUCUCCAGGAUACCCGCCAGUACGUUGCCCCUCAGUUUGCAGCACUUCUUGAAAUUUUCGGCGGAGACAAUAAAGAGAGAGGCCACCAUCGAGUCGAGUCCCCUGGGUGCCGACGGUUUGGACGCAUCAGGAAGCGCCGCGUCCGGCGAACAAGCUGUCCAGAUCACCGUGGCAAGCGGCGAGACCGCAAUUAUUCCCGAUGUAGUCGAGGAACAAGAGCCUGGUGCUAAACCCAAGAGGAAGAAGAAGUACAAGAAAAAGCCGCCGAAACCGAAGAAACCUAAGCCAGGCCAAGUGAGCAUCGUGACCGCCCUCGAUGGCACAACGCUCUUCUGUUGCCCGCAAUGUAACAUGGCUUAUCCCGAGAAAGAACUACUGGAGCAACAUCUCAUAGGACAUAAAAUAGAAAGGAGGUUUAUCUGUGACAUAUGUGGUGCAGGUUUGAAGCGCAAAGAACAUUUAGAACGGCACAAACUGGGCCACAACCCGGACAGACCUUUCAUCUGUUCAGUUUGUAUGAAGGGUUUCAAACGGAAAGAGCAUCUGAAUCUUCAUUUUGUUAUACACUCUGGUCAGAAGACCGAAGUCUGCUCCGAAUGCGGCAAAGCGUUUUAUCGCAAAGAUCAUUUGAGAAAGCAUGCGAGAUCACAUUUGGCUAAGCGCAUCAAGGAAGAUCCGGCAAACAUCGUCGACACUUCGCAAAAUUCGCAGCAGCAAACGGACCAACAGCAGCAGGCGGAUCAGCUGCAGCAACAGACGGACCAAUUGCAGCAGCAGCCGUCCGUGCCCGAGCUGCAACAGAUUCAGAUUCAGGUAGGCCAAGGAUCUCAGGCGCAGAUUCAUCAGAUAGCUGUCACUGAACAGUCCACUGUUGUUCUCCCUACUGCUGCGGAAACUGGUGCAAUGGCUAUGCUUCAUCAUCAACAGCAGCAGCAGCAGCAGCAGCAGCAACAACAACAACAACAGCAACAGCAGCAGCAGCAGCAGCAGCAGCAGCAGCAACAGCAGCAGCAGCAGCAACCGCAGCCGCAGCAGCAACAGCAGCAACAUUAGCAGCAGCAUACCGCCCCGAAUCUACCUGGGCGACGGUUUGCAAUGAAUUUCCCGCCGUUCGGAAGCCAUUUCCCCGGUACCAUUCCGAGUAUACACCAGUUCGCGACCGACGGCUCCGGCGGUGCGGGCGGUCGUUACGCCAAUCAUUUUCCCAACCAGCCUCCGAUCGGAGUGCCGGUUAUGGGAAAGUACCGUCCUGAGAGCAACGGCGUGCAAUCGGCUCAGUCGCAAGUGAUGAUGAACAAUAAAGCGAGCUAUCCAAACAGUAAUGUUCAUCAUUAUCCGAACGUGCCAUACUCGCAAGCUCAACCAGUGCAACAGCGGCCCUCCAACUCGCCUGGAAUGCCAGAGAAGCGUUCGUACCAUCAGCAAGCGACAGAAACGAUAAAUCAACAAGAUGUUUGCAAUCUCCUACAGGAUAAAGAUAAGAGUAAGGAGAAGAAAGCAGACGAGCAACAGCGUAACGGAGAAACGACGACGAACGGUAACCAACAGGAUUACACGAUGCAUCAGCACCACCAGCAGCAUGCACACACUCAAACUCCCGCGACCAUGCCCGCUACGUGGCAGUCCCUGGCCACGCCUGGAUCCACCGUGGCAGAUUACCUCAGUCAUUUACCAGCCAGUACUUUACCAAUAAGUUUACAUCACUUCUUAAAGUAUUCCGCCGAAAGUAUUAAGAAGGAAUCGGAAAUGGCGCAGACCACUUCGGUGGCCGUGGCGACCACGACGACGCCUAAUAUAAUGAUGUCACCGAACAAUAAGAAAAAGAAAAAGAAGAAGGCGCCUAAGGAGAAAAAGCCACGUCCGAAACCCGGUGAGAUUCGCUUGACCACGGCCCUCGACGGUUCCACGUUAUACUGUUGUCCCGAGUGUCACAUGGCGUACCCGGAACGCGAACUGCUGGAACAGCAUCUUCUGGGUCACACGUUGGAACGAAGAUUCGUCUGCGACAUUUGCGGCGCGGGUCUGAAAAGGAAAGAUCAUCUGACGCGCCACAAACAGAGCCACAACCCGGAACGGCCGUACGUUUGCACCGUGUGUCUGAAAGCUUUCAAGAGAAAAGAACAGCUGACGUUACAUUUUGUUAUACAUUCUGGAGAGAAGCGGCACGUAUGCACCGAGUGUGGAAAAGGGUUCUAUCGUAAGGAUCAUCUGAGAAAACAUACGAGAAGCCACAUCGCAAGGCGGGUGAAAGCAGAGCUCAGUCAAAAUGCUGGUACGCAGCAGAACCAGCAACAAAACAACGUUUCGAACAUGCAGACCACAGCGGUGACGGCGUCGUCCGUUCUGUCCGGCGGACAUCCCGGUCCUCUCCUGUCCUGAGCCCCGCCACCAGGGAACUUCCAAGUUCCCCAUCCAAACAAUAUUCUUCACUCGCACAGUUCUCAUCACUCGUUGCACCAUCACCAUUUGACGGCGGUCAACGUGGCCCACCAGUCGAGCGUCGCACCGCUCGCUACGUCCACCCAUUAUCAAACACACGACCUCAGUUUUUUGGGACACGUUAAAGAUUUCUGAGAGCAGGGGAAGACCUCGAUCAAGAGGUAACAAAUCUGACAAAUUAUACGAGCGCUGUUAGCCUACGGGGGAGCCGGUCAUCGCUUUUCAUGAUUUUGGCUUCCGGCGACCCACGCUGACUCUCUAUGUCCCGGUACAAUAGUGGAAAAGCUGUGACGUAAGUUUUUUCAAUGAUAUUCAUGGUUUUUUAUCGAUCGUAUGCCAGGUAUCGUUCUUCGAAAUUCGUAUACGUAGAUCGUCGCGUUGUCCUCGGAAAAAGUGUGCCAUACGCGUAUGUACAUGAAACACAGAGAGGGUCGGGGAGGGGCGUAAAAAAAGGUUUCCGUGCACACGGCAGAGGAAACGAGAACUUUCCGUAAGGGCGUUAGAUUAGGGCCUGAUAUAUGUAUAAGUCUUGGCAUACUUGUAAUGUACGAGAAACAAAAACAUAUUUUUAUGAAGGCUUGGUGUAAAACACAAAGAACUUACUUAAGCUGUUAAGUUUAUCGACAAGGCGAGAGAGAGAUACGAUAUAGGUCUUUUAUCAUUACGUUGAACAGAAUCAUUUGAUCUCGUUUGAGUUUUUAUAAGUUUAUUUUCGGUUGUUCGUCUUUGGGGAUCUUGCAAAUUCGUACAAACGACGGUGACGCGCGUCAAAGGAUGCCAACGAGUCGUCCCACCGAUUACUAUUUUAAUGUCUUUCAAUUAUCUUUCGUUAGGCCGAAAAUGAUUUUCUCCUAGUAUUAAUCGCACGACGUUUUCAUCGUUGAUCGGAAAUAAUCGAGUUCGAUGGUCUCUUUAAAAGUAGCUUAAAAGUGAAAACGUGGCAAUUGUUUAGUUUUUAAAGAAGAGAAAUAUAAUUUCCCUCUUUUCUCGAAUCUUCAUUUCUAUACAAAGUUGUCAGUAUUUUAUAUUUUACAAUAUAUAGUUACAAAAUUUCUGCUUCUACGUGUUACGUAUACGUAUGUAUGUAAUCGGGCGUAUACAUAUAUUUAUAUACACGUAUAUAUAUUUUACGAUCUCUCGGGAGAUCGUAUUAAAUCUCACUUCUUUCGUAUACACGUAUUACGUAUAGGAAUAAGUUCUUUACGAGCUCUUACAUCGUUUUUAUAUCGUUUUUUUACAUUGUUUUUUAUACAUAUUUUUCGUUAAAUCCCUUUAACUUUCGUUGAAUACUGAAUGUGUUAAUGAACAGUGUUUCGUCGGAGACGCAACGUGCUUUCGAUUUAUUUUGUUUAUUAUUUUUUUAUACGUACGAUAUUAUAGUAUGUAAUGUUCAAGUAAUCAUCGUUAAAAGUUAGUCCUCCCAUUAUUUAUCGUGAAAGUGUAAUCCUCGCGGACUGUGAUCGUUUCAACACUUCCGAUUUCAUUCAAACUCGUCCGAUCUUAUUUUUCACAACCACUUCUUCCUCGUUUAUUUUAGUAUUAUUCAGUGUGCCAUUUUAUCCGACGCCGAUAUAUCUCUUGCCAUAAGCAUCCAGUCUACCACACAUCGUCGACAUUCUAUCUUUUCUCUUGUUUCUUU